AACUUAGUUAAUAUCGGAGCUAUUUUUCCUUUCGCAUGUUCAUUAUGCAAAUUGUUUGAGCGGGAAAGCGCUGAGACGCCAUUUUGAAAAGAGGAAUGUAAACAGAGGAAAUUUCGAAGCGAAUAUUUACAUAGAUCGUGGCAGAAAGCAAGUUUCCAGUACAGUUGAUAAUUAAGAGCAGUCACCAUGUUUUACGCACAUUUUGUGCUGACAAAGAAGGGCCCUCUUGCCAGGAUCUGGCUAGCAGCCCACUGGGACAAGAAGUUGACCAAGGCGCAUGUGUUUGAAACAAACAUUGACAGCAGUGUGGAAGCCAUUAUGAAGCCAAAGGUGAAGCUAGCCUUAAGAACAUCUGGUCAUCUUCUGCUUGGUGUGGUAAGGAUCUACUCUCGUAAAGCCAAAUACCUACUGGCAGAUUGUAAUGAAGCAUUUGUCAAGAUCAAGAUGGCUUUUAGGCCGGGUGUUGUGGAUCUGCCAGAGGAAAACAGAGAAGCUAAUGUAGCUGCCAUUACACUGCAAGAAAACUUCCAUGAUUUUGAUGCUCUUGAAGAUUUGCACGACAUUGAUAUGAGUGCACAGUUUUCAACCGUCAACCAGAGUCGCCCAGAAGAAAUUACGAUGAAAGAAGAUUUAACAACUAUAUCUUUCGUUGGGGAUGACAGUUUUGGCGAUGUUGGCUUUGACGAGCGAGAACUGUUACGAGAUGCUCACUUCGAUGAUACAUACCUGAAGAGCCCCAGACAAGACAUCAGCAUGCAACACAUAGAAAAAUCACACUCGAUGAUCGCUGAAACAUCUUCCGCACCAACAAUGGAUGUAGACCUGCCACCAUUGGAUGAUGGGUUUGGGGGAGGAGGUUUUAUGGAUAUAGGGAAUGAUGAUGACGAUGAUGAUAAUGAUGCUGACAGUUUCGGAGGUGGAGUCGAUCAGGAAUUCUUAGGAGAAGAUUUAAUCACAGGAGGUAACCUUUUUGAAGACACCCCAGCAGUACCACCUGAAAUACCAGUGACCACUCCAUUACCACAACAGAAAGAUGUUCCAGAGCAACAGCAAUUAGCAGCACCAUUAGAUUCCAUGAUGACUGCAACGCCGGUUCCUGGCACAUCAGGAGAGCAGACAACUCUUAUUACCAAUGAGAAUGAAGCCUUUGCUCUAGAACCAUUAGAUACUACACAUAUGCCAGGUGUUGAAAGAAAAAAGAGAAAGCGAAAGUUGAUUGUUGAUGAGCAGCAGGGUAUCCCUAGUGAGACCAUGAAGAUGCAGUUGUCUGAUACAUCUGAUAUUGUAACCACACUCGAUCUUGCUCCACCCACUAAAAAACUGAUGCAAUGGAAAGAGACUGGUGGCUUUGAGAAGUUAUUUGCUCUUCCAGGAUGUGCAAUAAGAUCAAGAAAUAUCCUAAAGAGCAUUAUAUGUCAGGAUAAGGUGGCGAUGUUUAAACGUAACAUGAAGACGCGGCCGAGCGAGGACUUUGAUGAGAAUGAAGAGAGAUUGGAACUGGAAGCGCCAGAAAUAUCACGAGAAGAAGACAGAUCUAUAACAGAAAAAUCGAAGGUUGGCAUGUCAACUAUACGGCCAGAAAUUAGCACCAUAAUGGAAGAAUCUUCAAUACUUGAAACCUCAAAACGAUCUCGCAGAAGUGAUGAAUCUAUCCCAGAACCACCAGCACCAAAGACACCCCGUCAUAGUUCAUCUGCUCAUGAACAACAACCAAAUGUUUCUGAUAUUUUCGGCCAGUCUGUAAUCGAACCACAAAUAGAUUUACCAGAGGUACCGAGUUUGAUACAGCCUCACUAUGAGGAUGAGGGUCCCCCAUCUAUAGCACCAUUCUCUGUAGGGCCGGCAUCAGUUGGACCACCUUCUGUCGGACCAAUAUCAUUUGGCGCUGAUGUUGAGGGCGGAGACCAGAUGCCAGAGGACGAGGAGCAAGAGGAACAAAGAUGGACAAAACGUACAGAACAAAUGCAGCAUACUCUAGAUCAGGGAUUCAGAUAUACCGAUGAACUCAGUUUUAAGGACAUGGCAAGAAAAUUGAAUCGCAAACAAGUCACAUCAAAGUUCUAUACAUUGUUAGUUUUGAAAAAGCAUAAAGUGGUAGAAGUGAAUCAGACUGAACCCUUCGGGGAUAUUCUAAUCGGUAAAGGACCAAAGUUUGGAAUGGCGUGCUAAGAACAGGGCAUUUUAGAUAGUCAAAAAGAGUGUGUUUUUAAAGAAAAUCUUAUGAUAGCAGCUCUUCCCAGAAAUGAUGUUUCUGCUACUAUGGAAGGGAUAUGUAGACGGUGCAAAGCUUACAGAGGUGUCUUCAAUACAUUAUAUUGCAAUGUGCAAUAUAUAUGUCGAUAAUCAGUGGAUGCAAAAAUGAAAUACUCUUAAUAAGUUGCAAAAUUCAAAAUAUUGGACUAACAAAAUGAAAUUUUACCCAUUUUGAAAUGUAAUUGUUGAUUAUAGGACCAUCUUCUGGCACUUCUAAUGAGUUUGUUAAAGAAAAGCACUGUAAAGGAACUUCUAAAUUUCAGAAAUACUUCCUUAAAGGUAUUAUUACAAAAAGCAGUUUGGAGUGGAAGGUGUUAGUUAAUACAGAUUGUAGCUUAAAUGGGAGUUUUUGCAUCUAUCAGAUCUCUGUUAUGAUUCGAAAAGGCAGCAGUUAUGUGUAUGUGUAUAAACAAAACCAUUUAUUGUGUUGUUUUUAAAGUAUGAUUGUUGUCAGUUAUUAAUGCUGUAUCUAAGAAUUGAUAAAGUGAGCAGCGCCAUGAGAAAACCAACAUAGUGGCUUUGUGACCAGCAUGGAUCCAGACCAGCAUGCGCAUCCGCGUAGUCUGGUCAGGAUCCAUGCUGUUCACUAGCGGUUUCUCUAAUUAUAAUAGGAUUUGAAAGCGAACAGCAUGGAUCCUGACCAGACUGCGCGGAUGCGCAGGCUGGUCUGGAUCCAUGCUGGUCGCAAACCCACUUAAUUUUCUCAUGGCACAGCUCAAAUGGCCUUGUGAAUCAGAUAAAUACAAUUCAUAUGGUACUUUGUGGAAGGCUUUGUGAAUUCAGUCUGGCUAUUCAGUGAUCUACUUUCUGAACUAUGUUCAGUAAUUGAAGCGAAUGAACAAAUUGUUUAUGACAUAAUUCUAUCCAUGAUUGAACAUUAAACAGAAAAUUGCUUUACAUUGAAUGUUUCAUCUAUCAUUAAAUGUUGAAAAGGGGCUUUAUAUUGAAUUGUUAAUGCAUAAUGAAAUGUCUCAAGGCCCAAUAACAUUGAAUUUAUAGUAUUGUUAAUAUCAUAUUUCUGUCUACAAUCAAAUGUUGAAAAUUGAUUUACUAUGAACUGAAAGCAGCUUUUAAUUCAGGUUCAGUGAAUUCUAUCAAUUUCUGUAAAAUUCAUUUAUUCAACUUUGAAAUUGGGAGCAAGAAGCCAGUUGAUAGUUUUUGCUGCUUUCAUAUUGUAAAAUUACUUGAUGAUCGUUUUUGAAAAAAAAAAAAAUUAAAAAAGCUUCCUGAAUACAUUUGACCAAGAACAGGUGGCUUGAAACAAUUUUAUGUAGCCUUUUGACACAGGUGUCUUGAUAAACUAUCCUAAAUUUAGAUUAUGUAACACUGUUUUAUAUCAUACUUUUGCAUUUUAUACCGUCAUUUUAAUUAUACAAAUUAAAUUUUUAGACAAGGACUUAAAAUGACUGUGAUCUUUUUGUAUGAAAAACUGGGAAAUGUUUUUAAAUGUAGAUUUGAUUUGAUUUUAAAAUUGUACCUCACACAGUUACUUCAAAUGAUUGUUAAAUAGGUUUCAAGACAUGUGAAAGGCGUAAAUAGAAAUUAUGAGAUCUAUUUUUUUAUGCUGCCAUGUCACUGAGUUGGACUAAGUUAGUUGUUCUUUAUACAAUAUAGAAGUUACAGUUUAUGUACCAAAUUAAAGUUUGCAAAAUGAUUUUAUCCCAAGGACUUGAUGUAUUUCUAAUAUUUUUGUAAAACAAUAGCAGUUUGUUCUUUAUUUCAUUGACAAAAUACCGGUACCUACUUGUAAGCCUUUAGAGAAGACACAAAUUUUGGUAUUUGCAACAUCUCACUGAUGCCAGUGGUAAAUAGAAGGAAAAUUUGGGGGGGGAAAAUUUAGUUUAUAAGCCGGAAAAAAAAAAAUUUAGUUUAUAAGCCUAUAACACUUUAAUGCCAAAAGGUGCAUAGAUUUCAAGUAUCUUGUCAAUUUGUAUAUGCCUUUAAUAGGUACAUUAUUUAUUUUCCAGAAAAAGAUAUCGCAAUUCAUGCACAUCUAAUAAAAAAUUAGAAAUUCAUUUAAGUUUGUUGGGGGAAGACUGUUUUGUGAACAUUUGACUUUGGCAUAUAAAUGUACAUGUAUACAUGAAUGGUGCAUUAAAUGUAACUGCUCAAUGGCUAGGAACAUCUGAUAACCAGUAGGUUGAUAGAACAAGCUUUGUUAAGUUAGAGCUGAUCAGUUAAAUACCAUACAUUCCUGCCAUUUUAAUGGUCUUCCAGUAAGAAAAAAAAAAUCAUAAAGUAUGAUCUUCCCCUGAAGUGUUUGACAUGCAUACUUCUGAAUGUUGACUGUUUUGGUAAGAAAGAAAGGAGCCGUUUGUUUCCACCUCUAAUUUAUUACCAAUACUAGGUUUGUAUUUGUGUGGAAAUAAAUGGGGGACAUGUACAGCCACUUGAUUUUAAAACCACCUCAAUUUAUUUUUCAUGGUUUUCUAAGAAAAACACUAAUGAGCUGGCAGAUCCAUACCAGCUUCUGCUUAAUUUAGAAAUUCCUGCCUGAUGUAAUGUGUUCAUUAAAUAACUAUUUUAAAACUAUUCCUUAAGUAUUUUGCUCUUUGAACUAAAUCGGGUAAUAUUUGAGUAUUUCUAUAAAAUCCAGGUCGUGUUGACUAUCAUAAUAACUUGAGUAUUUAUCCUUUUUUUUCAACCAAAGUAUAAGCCUUAACUUAGUUAAAAAAUUGAGAAAGUUAUUGGUGGUGCUCUAAUAAUGAGGACACAUUUUUCUGAAUUCAUCUGAACUGCAGUGUGUAUCUGGAUUACAUCUAGUUAAUGUCAGACGAUCAGCCAUUUUAACCAGUGUCUCAAGAGUUAUGACCCUUGAAUUGGUCAAAAUGACCAUGUCUGCUGGAUAAUUAGGAUGACUGGUUUGAUCUUGACCAAACUUAAACUUUAUUGAUGCCAGUGAUGUCCCUUUGAUUUUGAGAUAGUUCUUUUUGCCCAUGAUUCUUAAUAUGUGAAGGGCAUGCAUAGUAAUAGCAGUAAUCACUUAGCACUCUGGUUUGAAAUAUGCAUCUUGAAUUCUUGAGAUAUAUUUUAUACAUGCAUUGAAGCAAGGCCAGCUCGAGAGUCCAGACUAAUUCCAGCAAUUUGUGAGGUCCUUACCUGUUUCUCUAAUAUUUUCUGUAAUUUGAUGGCUUGAAACCAUGGUUAACAGGGGCAUUCUACUCAUCUUGUGACCUCAAGCAAUGGAUGAAUUGUUGGAAAUGUUCUGUUAAUUAAUAAAUGAACGUGUAUAUGAUUUUUUUACAGGUGUGAGUAUGAUUAAAAAGAAAUGUUACUUGACUUAAUACUUAUGUACAUCACCUUUGUUUAAAGUAUAGAAGGCAUUUUCUGUAUACUGUAUUUCGCACAUUAUCAGGAGUUUGAACUGAAAUGUUGGCUCAUUUCUUAGAAAUUACUGUUGAAUUGUGAAUUCAAAUAGAAAUAAAAGUUAAAAAACUGGAAAAUAUUUAGUAAACUGUUUAAAUUAGAAAUCUAAAAUUUCUCAUUUUGAUGGUUCUAGGUUACAUUUACAGUAUAGACUAAUAACCAUAGAAAUAUCCAAGUGUGUUUGUUUGUGUCUUUUUCUGUUUACUGGUCUUGUUUUGGAAAGUAUUUGAUUCUAAAAUGUGGUGAUAGCCAUCUAGUUCCCUUGAGGUGGAAAUUAUGUUUUGACCUAUAAGAACAGGAGAGGUCACUAAAAGCUGAUUGGCUGUCUUGUGUGAAUUAUUUCAUUAAACCAAAGAUAUUGCCAAGUAGUAAAUGUAACAGCCUUUUUGUUGUAAGUUUUUAAUUUAUGUUCUUCAGAGUCAAGGAAAAUUCUGCUAUAUAUUUUCAGUGUUUUGUAGUCAUAGAAAGAUUUUUGUUUCUGGCAUGUUACUUCCAGACUGGGAAGAUCUUUGUCUUAAAUUAUUUAAUCACUAGUAUAUAAGUGCUUUUACAAGGUUGGCCCCCAUGUGUUCUUUACUACUUCAGUUUUGGUGAUAUUCACAGUGGAUUUUAUUUUUGCUAACAUUUGCAAAUAAUGUGACUCGCGUAUAUUGUCCUAAAAUACAAUCGCUUAACUUCCGCAAGUUCUUAACAUGCAAAUGUGGCUACCAAUCUUGAAGUUGCUUUUUAAAGUCUUGCUAAACCCGCCUAAUCUACAGUACUUUACUCCUCUGAAGUAUACAUCUUGUUCCUGUUUUUGUACACCAAAUUAUCCUUGAAAGUGUUUUGUAUACAUUUUUUGACACCUGUACCUUACUCUUCUGUAUAAACGCUGUCACCUUUGUUGGCACAAGUCAUAAAAUUCAUUCAUUAACCCUUAGCCUGCUGGCGGCAAGUGUUUCUGCCUUUGCGACCAGUGCAGACCAUGAUCACAAUCCAUGCAGUCUGAUCAUGAUCUGCACUGUUCGCCAUUCAGUCAGUAUCUUUUUGGGAAACCCCCUGUUUAACAGUAAAUGGUACUGUUCAAAUUGAAAUAUGGACAAGUUCAUUAAAGAAAUUUUGCAGGGUAAUGGUUAAAAGUUUGAUAGGUAUAAUAUUAAUGGUAAUGAUUACCUAUGUGUGCUCAUGGCGUGAAAGUGUUUUGUGCCAUAGAAAUUUAAUUGUGCAUCGUCAUAUAUGUAAUUAUCUUGAUGUCUAUCCAUACAAAUAUGAGUAUUCCUUAAACUGAAAUGAUUGCCUCUUUUAUAAUCGGAUACUUCCCGAUACAGGGAUAUCAAACCUCUGUGUUCAAAUUUCAUCUCUUGUGUAUCAUGUGUAAUAUAGAACAUUUAUCAUUAUUCUAUGAAAAUCAUUUCCUUUAUAAAUAAAUAAAGUUAUGUAAUUUUGUCA